AUGGACAAUAUAUCAAAGCCAGCAAUUUCUCCCAAUCCAAUUAUUUUGAAGAAAACAAGCGUUUAUCCACGAGAAGCAGAGAUUCUCAAAGAGCUAAGGAAUGCAACCACAAAUCAUCCUCUUGGCUUCAUGGGCACUUCACCUGAUGCGGGGCAGCUAAUGGCCUUGCUUUUGAAACUUUUAAAUGCUAAAAAGACAAUUGAAGUAGGAGUUUUCACUGGAUACUCUCUUCUCCUCACCGCCCUUAACACUCCUUGCGAUGGAAAGAUUACAGCUUUAGAUCCAGACAGAAAAGCAUAUGAGAUAGGACUUCCAUUCAUCAAAAAGGAUUGUGUUUUGCACAAGAUUGACUACAUAGAGUCUCCAGCUCUGUCAAUUCUUGAUAAACUCCCGCAAGAUCCUGCAAAUGAAGGGACUUUUGACUUUGCCUUUGUUGACGCUGACAAAAAUAACUACUGGAAUUACCAUGAGAGGCUUAUCGAAUUGGUUAAGAUUGGAGGGAUUGUUGCCUAUGAUAACACACUUUGGGGAGGAACUGUUGCCUUACCAGAUAUGACAGUAUCAGAACCAAAGAGAGAAUGGAGAAGAUUCACACUUGCUUUUAACGAAGCAAUUCCAAGGGAUUCUCGUCUUGAACUUGCUUUUGUUUCAAUAGGCGAUGGACUCACUAUAUGCAGACGCAUUCACUGA